AUUGAAGUGUCUCAUUGACAAGAGGAAGAAGUCACGCCAUCUUGCAGUAUAUAAGGGGGGACAUUCUUUCCUAGCUACGAUCACGAGCUAGCGAGCGCGAGCAUCGAGGCGCCAUUCAUAAUUCCAUCUCCAGAUACUGAUCAAGCAGAUCAGAGCUCGAGUUAUCAUAGCUAUUUGAUCAAAUGGGAGGUGUCCACGGUGUUUGCUACGGCAUGAACGGCGACAACCUCCCGUCGCAGAGCGAGGUCGUGCAGCUGUACAAGUCCAAUGGUAUCGGUGCUAUGCGCAUCUACAGCCCGGACCAGCAGGCCCUCGACGCGCUUCGCGGCAGCGGCGUCGCCGUCAUCAUCGACGUCGGCGGCAGCAGCGCGGUGGCCAACCUCGCCAACAACCCCUCCGCCGCCGCCGACUGGGUGCGUGACAACGUCCAGGCCUACUGGCCGAACGUCAUCAUCCGGUACAUCGCCGUCGGCAACGAGCUCGGCCCCGGCGACAUGGGGACCAUCCUCCCGGCCAUGCAGAACGUGUACGACGCGCUCGUGUCCGCCGGCCUCUCGAACAGCAUCAAGGUGUCGACGGCGGUGAGGAUGGACGUGAUCACCGCCUCGUCCCCUCCGUCGCACGGCGUGUUCCGCCCGGACCUGCAGCAGUUCAUGGUGCCCAUCGCGCAGUUCCUCGCCAACACCAUGUCGCCGCUGCUCGCCAACGUGUACCCCUACUUCGCCUACAGGGACAACCCGCGGGACAUCCCGCUCAACUACGCCACGUUCCAGCCGGGCACCACGGUGAGGGACAACGACAGCGGCCUCACCUACACCAACCUCUUCAACGCCAUGGUGGACGCCGUGUACGCCGCGCUGGAGAAGGCCGGCGCGCCCGGCGUCCGCGUCGUCGUGUCGGAGAGCGGGUGGCCGUCGGCGGGAGGGUUCGCGGCGAACGUGGAGAACGCGAGGAAUCACAACCAGGGCGUGAUCGACAACGUCAAGAACGGGACGCCGAAGCGGCCCGGGCAGCUGGAGACGUACGUGUUCGCCAUGUUCAACGAGAACCAGAAGCCCGGGGAUGAGACCGAGAGGCAUUUUGGGCUCUUCUACCCUGACAAGACGCCGGUCUACCCGAUUACGUUUCCUCCGAACUAGCAGCUGAGCAUGCCAUGCCGGUGCAAAUAAGGAUUUCCAGAGACGAAUAAUCCAUGGUUAAAUAAUGUUGGUUGAACGUUAAUGCAUGUACUCUGUAUGGCCCUUUUUUUUGACAAUGCUACAUGAAUAAAAGUUCCAAAUUUUUUUCUUAAAAAGAAAA